AGGAGGAAGGAGAGAGAGAGCAUAAAAUCGCCAAGUUUUAAAUUCGGUUUAACGCUGUCGUUGAGACGGCAUCGAAAUAAUAUCGCACGUCUCCGGUGCGCGUUGCAACGGAAUGUUCUUCGGGUGUUUCGGAAUUUGCAUCUUCCCUCCCGGAGAUCCUCUUCGUCGUCGUCGUCGUCGUCGUCGUGUCCCGGAAUUAGACGACACCGCGGCUAUGUGCUCCCGGUCUCAUUCUUUUUGUCAAACCGAAACCAAGGAGAACGGAAUGUCGUAUAUCCGUAGCUAUUUACAAUUCUUCAUCUGGUCGUCUCCGAGAUCGGAGCGGUCAUUGGCCGUCGUCGGCCGCAUCUGCGCUGCCUUCGAACGAAGAGGAUGACGAAGGUCCCGGAGGUGGGAAUCGACGAGCGAAAUUAAUAUUUCGUCCUCAAUUUUCUCCCUCGCGACGAUUUUCGAUGGAUUUCGGAGUUUCGAGACGCGCAAAAUAUCACCCUUAUGCAAUCGAGGCUGCGCAGCGAUAGCACGUGCGCGUUGCACGACUGUACGCGCGCGUGCGACAGUGUAUAAGCGCAGAGAGGGCUAAAUAUAAUCACCGAAGAACAGAAGGUCCGAGGAAAAUCCCUCCCGCCUAGAGCGUCGCGUAUAUCGCGACCGAGCGAACCCACCGCUCGUCCAAAAUUAGAGAAAUUUCACUGCAACGACCAUUAACUUACGAAACGGUUAUUCCCGAAACAGUCGGGUUUUUCGCGUCAGUUGACCGUACCGAUCCCUCGGGAUAACGCGGCGGAGGGGGAGGACCGAAGCCCCGCCAAAAAGCGAAACGGAAUUAAAAAGCGAAAGAAAGUCGCGCGGACUCUAGCGAUCCAGAUUUAAUGAAGUGUCGACCGUACCCACGUAUAUCGUGUAUGGUUAAACGUGAAUUUUGGUGAGCGGGGCGAUCGUGAAGCGCGUCCAAUCGUUUGAUCGCGUGAGCCGCACAUGCGGUUCACAAGAGAUCACGAGUGCAGCGGUGCAACGGCGUUUAUCGCUCUCGGCUGCAGCAUGGAGAGGAUCAGUACGUGUAGCCCGAUCGGUCGCGUUGCACACGUUAUUUGCAUAUGACGUACGGUACGGUACGUGCGCGUACUUCGAAUCGGCUGGUGAAAUAGGGGAAAAAAUGUGCGGUAGAAGAGGGUGACAAAAACGCGGUCCAACGAAUCGUCGCAAUUGAACGAAAUCGUGAAAAUUUUUCGGAGUAGUUCUAUCUGGAAAUCCAACGCUUUUGUCAAACGAUAGCGCGCGUAAGACAUCGCUCGGGUGUAAUAAAACAUGUGAAAACGUGCGCAACUAAUAGAACAAACAUCGAAGACACGCCGGGGAGCAGCGCAUUUACGUCGUACAGCGUAGUCGUGCGUAAUCGACGUAAUCGUGAAGGAAGACGAUCUGCAACGCUCGACAACCAGGUUUACCUAGUUCUGCAGGGCGUGCGGUGUAAAUCGAACGUGACGAACGUGCGCCGCGAAUAAACACUUCGAUACGUCCACCCGUAAACGCGAUAUAGUUUACAAAAACGAUUUACGAUGGUGAAAAAUGUUACGUAUCAAUCGCACGGGCGUUCGGACAAUAUCGAGUGAAUUUUUAAUUGGAAUGACACAAAUUUACGUCGUUAAUAUCGCCCUCCCGAGCGUUAGUUCAGCACAGAUAACACAACGCGCGGUGAAUUACAAGCUAUUAUAAUAGUGUUUGCUCAGUUGUGUAAUUUCGAGGUCCCACGGCUGGUGUUUUAAGCACGUAUAUAUAAACCUGUACACGUACACGCGCGAACACCCGAGAAUAGAGAUUAUUGUAAUGUACGUACGUCUAUGGAGGUGUUAAAUGAAAAUUUUGCUCGAUGUUUCAGUCGCUCUGCCGCGAGUUUAUAAUAAAAAAGCUGCAGCGGCGGUCGCGCAUAGAAAUUUUCGGCGUAGCUCGGCCUUUUCUUAAAUUAUUCCAUUUUAUACUUUCAUUGUAAUUUUACGCUAUUUUUCUCACUUCCACGCGUUCGCUAACACUGGAUACCGGUCGCGAAAUUGUAUCACCGAAGAGAACGAAAAAAAAAAAAAGAGAGAGAAAAAAAAAAAAUAAGUAUAAUUGCCUUUACAACCGAGAUCAAGGUUGUUCGUCGAAACGUAUACAUGUAUAGGAAUAGACGCGGUUACGGAGCUGUAUACAUGCACUAGAACCUCGCGGGCAGGUCUUCUAUGAUAUUCUACAUCGUGUGACGUCAGAAACUCCGAUGAAAAACAGAAUAAAUUUUCCAAUGUAAUAAUCACGAUAUUAAUCACACACCGCUCGCUUCUAAGGAACCGAAACGAAUCCAGUCAGAGAUGGUGUAGAAAAUUGAAAAGAAAGGUGAAAUAAAUUGAAACCCUUCAUCGGUGUCGAUCGUUUGAACAUUUUUUAAAAAAAUCUAAAAGGACGAUUUACACAACGGACAGAAAUCGAAGCGCACAGAUCUGUGUAUUGUUCGGGUAUAACAAAAACACCGGCCAUCAAGGGAUCGUUCGUAGGCAUAAAUGUUAUUGCGAGUUUCAUCUACGUUUCAAAUUCAUCGGUUACGAAGAGUGUUGUAUACGUGAUAUUGGAUUUCAAUUCUGUAGUAUAAACCUUGCCGUAUCGCGUGUCGCAUCGGUCUCGUUAUAGUUGGCUAGAUCGUCGUGUCUUUGGGGGAAAUAAUAUCUAGCCGCUGCUCGUAUACUUUGAUCAUCGGGUUAUACGAACGUCGUACGUCUCAUCGAAUCAUGCACGGAAUUUGUCGCACAGGUCGUAUCGAACCGUUUACCUUCUCGGCGGAUGAUUUUUGCUAGAUAGAGGAGCAGCGACUCGAUCACCCGCGCUGAUCGAUAUACUAUAUCGGCUACGGGCAUCCUCAUUUUCGCUCGUUAACUUAGCAGGUAAGAGCGAAACGGCGACAAUUAUUGUUGUACGAGAUACAACAACAACGUUGGCAUUCCAUACGAUGAGGAUACCGCGGACGUCAGUUCCUUCCUCCCCGUGUCAAACCGCUGCGAUUACGUCACCGAUGACACAACUUGCAACCGCGUAAUCCGAGUUGAUGAAAAAAAAAAAAAGCCAACACGGAGUGCAGCUAACAAGAUAGAGGCGGAUACAGAGGAAGUGGAAGGAUAAAUAAAAAGCGCGCCGAAAAAAAGGUCAGUCGACAGGAAUUAUGAACGAAGUUCGACAAGUUUGGACGUCAAUGAGAUCCUCGAGAUCUUGCAGAUCCGCAUCGUUGACGGAAGGUGACGACAAACGAACCACCUGGUACGACUCGCCGACUCCUGUGAUAGUUCACAACCGCGACUUCGACGCGGUCGGUAUGGAGGCGGUGGUGAAAAAUGCGGAGAAAUCGGGGGACGCGGACGACGAAUCGGACACCGGGGUUGUCGAGGAGGUCCUUUAUCAGAAUAACGUUGAAGCAGCUCUGAACAGCUUGAGUAAAGUUUGCGCGGAACCGUUGAAAUCCGAACUGGAAACGGACGUUGCGGCCAACGUCGGAUCCGGGGAUGAAAAAUCGGCCGGGGAAAGGAGACGGCACAGUUCGAGCAUCGAACUGACGGCCACGAGUUCCUUGAAGGUCGACGAGGACGGUAUGCCGCGCAUAAGUUUCAGCUUUUUGGGCGCCGGAGAAGCGAAACCCGGCAAGGCGGACCUCGUCGUAACGCGAUCGAGCGCCGGUCCUCCCCCGGAGGAGGUCGACGACCCCGAAGAGACAUUGAAAGUGGACAUAGUGAUCGCUCGGGACGAGCUGUACGAUUUUCCGAAGAGCAGGGCGCCGGUGGGCCGGCGGGAGAUAAAAAUCGAAAGUUGCACAGCGACGAUAAGAGGCCAUCCCGUCGACGACGAGGAGUCGCCGGAGGACGCCCAAGACGAAUGGUACGACGUCCCGAAAUCCGUAAAAGGGGUCAUCGGCGUCAGGGGGAAAAAUUCAGGGCCGGAAGACGGAGACGAGGAAAAGCGGAACUUGGACUCCGACGGGAUCCCGAACUCGCCGUCGCCGACGUCCGGUCGACCUCAGGUGGAAUCCGAAAGUGAACGAAACUCGGGGAUGCGCGACGGUGUUCUUUCGAAUUCCGGGUCGUGUUCGGACGUCGAGAGCAUCGACGGGUCACCGGACGCUCGCGAAAGCAUCCGAGAAAGACGAUUGAAACGUCAGAGGAAACGGCUGGGCAAAGCCUGGGGCAAGAUGCGAAAUUGGUUGAAAGAGGAGAAGUCGAAAAUCGGGGAGGUCGUCGCGAGGCACGCGAAGAUGCAGGCGGUGGGCGCUAUGAGUCAGGACGACAACAGCGAGAACGGAACGGCGACGGUGCAGGGGCUCAGAAGUCAGAGCGGAUCGUACGACCUGACGCGCCAAAGGAAAUUCGACGUCGGUUCGAUCACCAGGGUGGAGGAAUUCGGGCUUUCCUCGGUCUCGGAAGAAGGUCAUCCCUCGGAUACGGAGGCCCUGCGCGACGUGGACGAAUCCGUGGUCGAUACGACACGAGUAAAUCGAUCCAAAGAUGAGGGGGAAACGGGGGAAGACGAUCACGGCAAAUCGCCGGAAUCGAAGAAGAGCGCGGUCGAAAAUUCGUCGAUCAGAGGGCGGGGAAAUCUACUGCAGAACUCGUUCCUCCGCAAGAAGACCAAGAGUUCGGAGAAUAUUUUGACCGGGACAAAGCUCAAGUUCACCCCGGUGUCGUUCAGUCUCGACAAGCUCUGUUCGGACGGUGAGAAUGAGGAAAACAAUGCAGCCAGCGAAUCGGACACAUCAAAGGAACAUUCUACUGGGAAAGGCGCUGGCCUAAUCAAGAGAAGAAUGUUGGGGUCAAUCAGAGGGCUAAUGGCGUCUACCCACCUCCUGCAAACUCACGAAAUAGAUGAGGGAGGUCAAGGCGGCUUCGAAGAUGUCCGCAGAUACGUGAAACAGGGCGGUGACUUCUGCAAGGAGCUAGCGGCAAUUCUACACGAAAGGGCCGAGCUGGAAGCGACCUACGCGAAGGGACUCAGUAAACUAGGCGGAAAAUUGACCAAAGCUUGCUCCAGGGAACAAGGUGGUAACAGUGCGGGGAGCGUAAGCGAGGCCUGGAGAUGCAUCGGGGAGGAAAUGGACGCAGCUGCCGAAGCCCACAGGGUGUGGGGCAUCGCUCUUGGGGAACAAUUAGCCAAACCGUUGAGGGUGGGAGUAGCCGAGGCUCAGGGACGGGCUAGAAAGGUGAUAGAAAAUUCGGUGGAUAAAUCGGCAAAAUCGUUACAAGAGUGGAGAAAUGUCGCUACGAAGAGCAAAAAGCAAAGUUUUUCUUGCGCCAGGGAGAACGAACGCCUCCAAGAUCUCGCUAGAAUACAAUCCAUGAGCCAGGGUCAACAGAAUAACAACAAAUUGCAAUCCAAUCACCAAAUGACGGAAAAGGAAGCCAACAAAUUAGAAGCCCGACGAAGAAAGUCCGAAGAUGCAUCGAGGAGAGCUGACACGGAAUUCUAUACCAUAAGCGUGAGGGCCGAAAGAGCUAGACUGGAGUACGAAAGCACGAUACGAAAAGGUGCAAAGCAGAUGGAAUUACUCGAAGAAGAGAGACUGAGCGCUUUGAAAGAUUUGGCUAACGUUUACUUGGCACAUUUACACGCGCUGUCACCACGUCUUCAGCAGAGCUCGGAGCGUCUAGAUACGCCAGUUCAUAACUCCACUGUACUGCAGGACAUUGAAAUCCUCAGGAAUCUUACCCGAAGAAUCGACAACAAUGAAUCUACGAACGCCGAACAAUUACUACCAGAUUUUUACGCGGAACACGUUACUUUGGCCAUGAAUAGGGAACGAAGAAAGCAGGCACUGGUCAGGGUGCUGCAUUUAAUCAGGCAGGAUUUGGAUCGGGAAAAACGAGGAAGAGAAGGACUAGAAACCUUGCACAGGGCAUUCAUAAAAACACCGGCUUUUGCCGCUGACGAAAGCACUCAAAACGUCACGGAGAAACUACAUCACAUGCGCUCCAUGCUGACUUACUUAGAAGCUGCGAGGUACAAAGUUGGAGGUGCAUUGUCUGAGAUCGAGGGUGGAAAACGUGGCAAGCAUCCCUUGGCGCAACACAUUCUAGUUUCGAGGGACAGACAGGGUCUACAGCAGAGCGUUCUCAAGGUUCCGAACUGGGUAAAAAACGAAUUACCGGAGCAGCUACAAGCGAACCAAAAUGAUUUAGACGAUCAUUUAACAAAGGAUCGCGAAACGGACAAUCGCGAUUGGGCAGACAGGACUGCCGGUGAUGGGAACUCGGAAAAUCCACCGGAUGAAGAAGACUUCAGCGAUUUUGAUGAGUUUAGCAAUCACUCUGAGGAUAAUAACAACCAGGAAAUUGAUACGACUAACAUAACGGCGAAAAAUAAUAGAUCGGAACAAUGCCGUGCGAUAUAUCAAUACUCGGCUAAUUUGAACGACGAAUUGAGUCUGAUUCCUGGAGACUUAAUAACCAUUCAUGAGAAGCAGGCGGAUGGAUGGUGGGUGGGCGAAUGCAGAGGAAGGACUGGUAUAUUCCCUGCAACGUAUGUCCAAGUCAUCCAUUGAGUCAUUUCAGCUAGACGAACAAAAUAUUAGAAUUCGAACUGACUCGUAUAAUUCAACGCUCAAAGGAUUAUUUGGGUGUACAUACAACUUUUGACGAGACCGAACAAUUUGAAAAUCAAGAUUUUUAUGUUGAGUGAAAUUAUUGAAAUUAACACGAUCUAAUUUCGAUGUAUUUUUUUUUUGUGGGUUGUAAAAGAUAAUGAUGAAAAUGGCAUCCGUAGAAGGAACUGAAAGUUAAUCGCUCAACGAAUAACAUAAUUCUAUAAUUCUCAUUUAAAAUCAUUAGUUAUUGGGUGCAAAUUUAGGAGCGAUAAAACGGAUAUAUGCAAAGUCUGAUAGUCGGUAAUUAAAAUAGCAAUUUUCACGUUGAGGGAGAGAGACUUGGAACGGACAAUGAUGACCGUAGUCAUAACUCACGCCGUACAACCACAAAAUAUACCUGCUGAUUGUAAAAACAUUAGUAGCGAAAUAAUUUGACCAUAAGCAAUGCUGUACUCAUCCAUUAACAAUCGUAGAGCCCUCACUUGGUAUUUAUCAAAGGUGAACAAUUAUUCAUUCAACAAUCUUAACGGUUCAUUAGUUAUAUGCAGUUUAUAAAUGUAAUUUAAAAGACAAACGCAACCAAAAACUGUACACUGUAUAUAAUAAUUACAAAAACGAAAUUUAAUUGUAUAUAGUACUAUAGUGUGAUAAUACAUUAUUGAUAUCAUAAUUAUUAUUUAAAAGACAAGCAUGUUUAAUGAUAAGUCAAUAAAAGCAUUUAUUUACGUA